AUGUCGGCGAUUUACAAUCUCGAGCCGCAGCCAACGGCGUCCGCAAUCAUCCACACCACCCUUGGCGAGAUUCUGGUCGAGCUCUUUGCAAAACAAACACCUCUAACCUGUCGAAACUUCCUGCAACACAGCCUCGACGGAUACUACGAUGGUACGAUAUUCCAUAGACUGGUUCCUAACUUUAUUCUGCAAGGUGGCGACCCUACAGGGACAGGCAAUGGAGGUGAAUCCAUCUACGACGGCGGCGCGUUUAGCGGCGACCUCGACCCAUGGCCGAUGGACGAGAGACGGGGUAUAAAUGCAGGUCCUACGGGCAUUAACUUCAAAGACGAAUUCCACUCCCGGCUAAAAUUUAAUCGAAGAGGCUUGUUGGGCAUGGCCAACGAAAGUCGAACGGAUACGAAUGGCAGCCAGUUCUUCUUCACGCUGGAUAAAACCGAGGAGCUGAAUGGAAAGAAUACCCUCUUCGGAAGGGUUGCAGGCGACACGAUCUAUAAUUUGGCCAAGAUUGGAGAGUCAGAAGUGGAUGAGGCAAGUGAGAGGCCAUUAUACGCCGUCAAGAUUGAGAGGAUAGAAAUUUUGGUGAAUCCGUUUGAGGACAUGAAGAAGAGGUCUAGGGUUGCGACACAUGCCGUGCAGAAAUCUACUCAAGCGGACAAAUCGAAGAAGAAGAAGAGGAAGGGAGGUAAACAAUUGCUUAGUUUUGGUGAUGAGGAGGGCGAGGAGGAGGAGGAGCCGGUGUUUAAGAAGGCCAAGUUUGACACGAGGCUGAUUGCUCAAGAGGAGGAACAGGAAAAUGAGCCAAACAGGGACAAGGUCGCCAAGAAGAAGUCUUCUAAAGCGGAGCAGAAGAAGCAGCCUGUGCUACAGGAGCCUUCCGCCGAGGAGAAGACGCCUUCAGAUGAUGAGCAGAAUACGAAGCAAGCCCGUGAAUCAAGAGGCAAAGCUAGGCAACAGUCAGAAGACUUGCCAGAGGAGCCACAGGCCCCCAAGAAGACGGCUCUUGAGAAAGCCAAUGAAGAACUAGCGGCAUUAAAGGCCUCGAUGCGCCGAACCAUUCACUCGGAACAGCCAACAGAAGAAACAAAGAAGAAGUCGGCUUUAGAAUCCUUGAUACCGGAAUCAUCGAUGCGGGCAAGAAAACGAAGACCAGGAGGCAAUAACGCAAGCACAAGCGACGAUCAAGCAGCUAUGAAUCUAUUACGUGCUUUUCAGUCAAGACUGGACAAGGCGCCGCCAGAGAAAGAAGUGCCAGAAUCUACAAAACAGGGAGGCGAGGACAAGGAGGAAUCUGCGGCUGCGGAUGAGGAAGCAGAGCUCUGUGAUUUGCACUUCAUAGCCAAUUGCCAAAGCUGCACGGCCUGGGACAAGCAGGACAAGGAGGAGAGCGAUGAUGAGGGAUGGAUGUCACAUUCACUGUCGUUUGCGGCGGAUAGACUGGGCAAAGACCUGAGUAACCGGAAGAAGGCGGAAGAAGAGCUGGUGGUUAUUGAUCCUAGAGAGAAGGCAAGGACACUGAAAGAGGAUAAGAGGGCAGAACGGGAGGCGAAGCUGGGAGGAGGAUCGAGGGCAUGGGACCAAGCGAGGGAUCAGGCGCGAAAUGCCAAGUUGGCGAGGGCGAGUUCACUGGCUGGAAGGGGGGCUAAAUGA